AUGACCACCCCGCAAUUGACAGAAGACAAGAUAAAGAUAGACGCCGCGGCGAACAGCAACCCUGUGGACAACGGGUCAGCCAAAGCCACCUGUACACAAGCUCCCGCAGGGCCGAAAAACAAGAAUCAAACGCUGGGCGAAGCAGAUAUAUCGAUGGAUGAUAUAGAUACAGGAUCCGGGCCGCAUGAGAAUGGCACUGGUGGGCCUACACAAGCCAAGGAGGAAUAUAGAUACAGCUCUUCGUCCACAUCACAGCCAGGAUCAAGAGGCAGCUCUGGAAACACCGAAUAUGGAGAAGGAGAGAUAGACGAUUUCCCGUACGACGAUGAGUUUGAAGAUGAAGACAAGUCCUUUGUCAGUGACCUGCGAGGCGGUGGGAAAGGGAUUCGUUCAGCACGUACUUCGAUCUCGUCACUACCAGGAUCGGUUGUUGUUUUUCCCAGUAACAAGCCAGCGGGAAGUGGACAGCUCGCAAGGGGAGAUUAUCGACAAAAUAUCAAUACCAAUGCUUCUGAUAGGAAUCCCAUGUUUGAAAGCCCCCUUUCCGGUGGCAGAGUUCGCUCCAAGAAAAAUAUAGCUAAGGACGGGCGGUACAGCUAUGCACCGCAUGUAAGAGACUUGGACUCCCCGUUUCGCCACCCCAGCUCCGUACGGGCUAUGCAGAUGGGGGAUGAGGACUAUUAUGAUGACGGAUGUAUGGAUGAUGGGAACUAUUUCUCGUCUCCACCGUCAAGGAAUGGUCGGAUGGGCGGCCGUCAACAUGGAUCCCCAAGGAUGUCAGACGUUUCGUUCAGAUCAAGACCUAUGUCUCCGUCUGAUCAACGGUCAUAUCAUGCCAGUCCACCUCAGCCAAUCCAGCCGAGCAAGGAGUAUGCACUUAUUCUACUUCAUUGCACCUUACUUCCACCUUGUUUCCCUCUCUCACUUCCCCCUGGAUUACCCCCACCAAGCAAAGAGUUGCUCAAAGAGAUAUUACCUGAUGCUUAUUGGACUAGAUGGAAAUUACUAGAAGAGAAGAUCGGCUCUACCGGCCUUCUACGGGACAGAGGAAUCCUUAUAUCUCAUCCCCAGGAAGCAUAUGACUUGCUUGAGGAGCGUUUGCUGGAGACCCUGGGGUUGACUCGCCCAAGACUUGCAUAUGGUCAUUUCAUUGGGGGAGAGGAUGAUACCGAUGAGGAUGAACAAGUCACUGAAGAUGAAGAUGAAAGUAACGACACUGAAACCGGUUGUGUGAGGCACAAAUGCCAGGAUUGCGGCCAGAAGGUCAUCAAGAAUCGUGAUGGGGUUGAAAAGAAAUGGGAGGUCAGAGUCUACGCUGCAAACGGGCUUAUGGGACAGGGCGCUUGGUCAGCUGCUUGGAAAGAGAUGGAAAAAGUCGAUGUGGAAGUUGGAUUGUGUCUUCCGACGAAGCUGAGGAAUGAGCUGGAGCAAAAACUGGCUCAGGAGAUGGUGAAGCCAGAAGCCAAGGUGAAGGAUUUUCCACUCCAAGAAUCCAAAGCAAGUGACAUCCCUUCGGCGCGUCUUCAAUCGCAAAUUGAUGGGUUGGAUGAACCACCACAGGCAAAACCAACAGCUAAAUCGCCGGCUCGCGAGAGAGGGCGAAUAGCGUCUACCCCAAAAUCAACACAGUACUCUAGGGAUGAUGUCAACCUUUGGAAAGCACUCUUUAAUUACAUACGAAUAGUGUGUCGAGGCAAUCAGCUCCCGAUAAUGACCGUCUUUCUUGUUCUGCUUGCCCUUCUAACUCCUUCUCCGUACCACCUCUUUGGACACUCCCCGGAUGUUACCAUCCCACAGCCCGACACCAUAUCCCUAGACCAGGCUCCAAUUAUGCCAAUGCCUACCAGCCAAGCAGAAGCAGUGUCUCAGCCACCGGUUAGCUCGGAAGAGAUUGUGGAAAGCUCAUUGCCGGUAAUACAGGGAUUGCCGACGGCAUCGUAUUCUGAGGCCAGUUCUCUGGAAACUGUAUCAGCCCAAUUAGAUUCUUCUGCCUCGCAUCCUAGAUUUCAAGAGCAAAAACCAUCAUCCGACUUGGAUCUCUUGCUUGAUGAGAAUCCUUCAGCUGAGACAAUCGUUUCGACACAAUCAGGUCUUCCAGUGUCUGGCUACCAACAGCCAAAGGAUACCAUGAUACCCUCACAAUCCAAUGAGCCUGCCUCCCCGGUUCCUCCAGCUUCGCCAGAUUACCCAACACAACAGGAUCAGCCAUCCCCUUCACCCAUACCAAGUUCCUCUUCCUAUGCAACUUCAUCUGCCUCUCCCAGCUUGCCUCCUGUUGGAAACGGAGAACAACCCGUAGAUACACAAGAUUUUUUACACUCUUCAGUAUCUCAAGGUCAUGCGCCUAUUUCUACUGAUGGUGCAGUACCUAAGGUCGAAGUAACACGCGAUGAGACAUUUGAAUCUGUGCCAGUGCCACCACAGUCAACGCCUGCUCCAACCUCUGCCGCUAUGGAGAAGGGAAACGAGCUACCGUUCUUGAGUCCCCACGAGAAGGUUGUCCAUGCAGACUCAGAGCCCUCCACGGAUGAGGAGGAUCAAUAG